AGGUCACCACAUCACAUGGCGAGUUCAACCAACCUGCGUCUGUGUGUUCUCUUCAUCUUCUUCGCUGUUGGGUGCGUUUGCAUGCAGGAUGAGCAGCUGCACAAUCAUCAUGGGCCUCUCUUCACUUUUGGAGAUUCCUUAGUUGAUACUGGAAACAACAACUACAUCAAUACCAGGCGCAUUGCCCAGGCAAAUUACCCUCCAUACGGCCAAACUUUCUUCAAAUAUCCCUCUGGAAGAUGGUCCGAUGGCCGAGUACUUCCCGAUUUCUUCGCUGAAUAUGCAGAUUUGCCAUGGAUUCUUCCAUAUCUUCAUCCCGGGAAUAAGCGUUACGUUUAUGGCACAAAUUUUGCAUCAGGAGGAGCAGGAGCUCUCCAUGAAACCAAUCAAGGACUAGUAAUGAGCCUCAAAACUCAGGCAAGGAACUUCAAGAAAGUGGAAAGGAUUCUGAGAAAGCAGCUUGGAAGGACAGGAGUAAACACAAUUCUAUCAAAGGGUGUCUACUUAAUCUGGAUUGGGACCAACGAUUAUAGCGUCUACGCCUCGGACUCGAAGCUUUUCAGUUCCUACUCAUUGGAAAAAUAUGUUGAUUUGGUGAUUGGGAACUUGAGCUCUGUCAUAGAAGAAAUCCACAAGAAAGGGGGAAGAAAAUUUGUUGUGAUAAAUCUUUGGUCUCCUAACCAUAUACCUCUUGUGCAAGAAGAAGCAGUGGCAUCACAAGGCAGAGAUGCCCGAUUGGGACAACUUAAUCACCUUGUAGAAUUGCACAACGGGCAACUUUACAAAGAACUCCAAAGGCUCACUACAAAACUCAAAGGAUUCAGAUAUUCCUAUGCUGAUUCCUAUAAAGUGGUCGAAGAAAUAGCAAGCAACCCUGCAAAAUAUGGCUUCAAAGAUGUGAAGGUUGCAUGCUGUGGAAGUGGGAAAUUAAGAGGAAUACAAAGCUGCGGAGGGCAGGAUACUUUAAAAGAAUAUCAGUUAUGUGAGAAUCCUAAAGAGCAUUUGUUCUUUGAUUCAAACCAUGGGAGUGACAAAGGGUAUCAAAUACUUGCAGAGAUGAUAUGGAAUGGAGAUUUGAAUACUUCCAGGCCCAUCAAUGUCAAAUCCUUGUUUCAAUCGUAAUUCUAGAUUAAAUGGACUCUAGUGAGUAAUUAUAUUAUCAAGCAAGAAAAUAAAACUUUCCGAUCAAAAAUCUAUUUCCCAUGA